CCGCCAUGAACGCUACUGCCAUCUCGAUUCAGAGCACGCUGCUAGUUUCAAAGGCCUUCGUUAGUAGUGAGGCUCAAUUUUAAGUCUGCUGCGUCGUUCAUACAGCUCGCGUUCUUUUCACAUACGAGGGACUGUUUUUUCCAAUAAACGAGAAAUGACUUCAGAUUACGAAUCAGACGAGAGAGAUGCCGGUGGCGAUCGUGGUGGUCGAGCAGUGUCCACUAGCCAUCGAGUCUACGUUGGCAGCAUUCUGGAAAACGUCAAGAAGGAAGAUCUCGAAGUGGAAUUUGGCAAAUACGGCAAGCUGACGAGUGCCUGGGUGGCGUUCAAUCCUCCCGGCUUCGCCUUUAUCGAGUUUGAAGACGAAUCCGACGCCCAGGAAGCUGUGGCCAGCAUGAACGGCACCGAUUUCAUGGGCUCCAAGAUCCGAGUUGAAAUUUCUCCCAACCGCGGACGUGGCAGAGGACGUGGCGGCCGUGGGGGUCGAGGAGGCGAUCGUGGAGGAGGAUUCCGGGGCGGAUUCCGGGGUGGGGAUCGCGGGGGCAGUCGAGGCUUCAGUGGAAGCCGAGGUGGAUCAUACGGCGACCGUGACGGAGGAGGUUAUCGGGGUGGGCGAGGAGGUGGCUCCCGAGGUGGUAGUGGAGGAGGCUACGGAAGUUCACGCGGCGGAUAUGGAGGAGGAGGAGAUGGUGGCAACUUCCGGUCGGAUCGUUCACGAAGCCGCGGCGAGGAUCACCGCAAUUCAUCGCCCCCGAGCCGCAGUUUCGGAUCGAGAGAUCGUGAUGGAGGUAGCCGGGGCAGUGGCGGUCGUGGCAGCCAUCAACCACGCAGCGAUCGUGGCGGAGGCAGCGGUGGAUUCGGUGGCUAUCGCGGAAGCAGCGGAGGCAGCAGCAGCGGAGGUGGAUCUUCUCGAGGCGGUUUCCGCGGCUCUUCACCACGAUCUUACAAUUAACUGUUUGACGAUGAUGAUUGAAAUACUAACGAAAUGAACGAAAGAGGAAUAAAUACAAAACAAACAACUUAAUUAACCACUACUACAAAAAAAAAGAGUCGAAACAAUUUGAUUCAAACAAAAUCAGACUUUAUCUUUUUUUCUCGUACACCGCGCUCGGAACUCGUUGUGUUUUCAAUUAUUUGUUUUUUCAUUUUUCCGUCAUUUUCUUUUUGAUUUUAUUCUCAUCACACACACACGUUGUAAUUUCGUCUCCCAAUUUUUGUUGCUUUUUCUUAUUUGAAAACAAACGGGUUCUGUUGAUGACCAUGUCAAAGUCUGCCAAUGAAAUAAAAAUACAUUGUACACUUUUUGGGCCAUAAAACA